CCUUUGACUUUCCGCAUGAGUUGGCAGCACCCGCCCUGCCUUACCGUUACUUUGACAACGGUCAACUGACAAAACAACGAAUCCAAAAAUUUUACUUAAUGCCAGUCACUUAAAGUAAUAAAAACUGACCAAGAAGCCGACUAAUAUUAAGUCCAGAGUGAUUGAAUUGAUGGCGGAGGUGCACAUAAUCGGGCAGAUAUUGAAAGCAGUUGACUUCGCCGAGCCGCACCUGUACUGCAAGUGGAGUCUGCAGAGCGGAAACGCCUGGCGCCUGGUUCAGGGCGAGGUGCAGGGUCAGAGUCACGUGGCGGCGCACCGACUCCAGAGCAGCUCGGACUUUGCCCAGCCGCUGGACAUUCACCUGAGCACCGCCUCCGUCCAGGGCUGGCCCCGCCUGCUGGUGGAAGUGUACGCCGUCAACGUACUGCAACAGUCGUGGCCCGUCGGCUACGGCUUUGUGCACGUGCCGUCCACACCCGGUGUGCAUCGCCUGGAGAUCGGCACCUGGAAGAUUGCACCCAACGGCCUGUGGCAGUCGCUGCGCGAACGUUUCGGUGGCGGAGGAGCGGCCCUCAGCAAGACGGAUCUGCUCUACUCGGGUGUUGAGCGCUACAAACUGCAAACUCUGAGUUCUGGAAAGGUCAUUGUAGAGCUGAAUCUAAUUUUUCGAAAGUUCGACGAGUACGGCGUGGAGUUCAAGUAGCCAUGAAGGAGGUGCUGCUGCUGGCCGUGCUGUGCCUGGCCACAUACC